AUGUUUCUUUACCGUGUGUUGUAUGUGGUGGCGUUACUUUUGAGCAUAGUCUCUUUAUGUGUGGCGGCUGAUACUUCUGAACUGCCUUCAGGUGAAGUUGUUGAUGGUGGUUGUACUCCUGAAGAUAGUCAAGCUCAAAAGUGUGCUAAUUCUGCUGAAGGUGACCCUGGUCAUGCUGGACCUCCUGGCAAAGCAGGUGAUGCUGGCCCUCCUGGAGAUACUGGCGAAGACCACAAUGUUUCUGACGAUACUAGAGUAAAUCAGGGAAAUCCCACUAAUGGUUCCAUUCCUGAUGCUCACUCUUCACAACGACAAUCUUCUGGUGAACCGGGUACGCAAGGUCCUUCUGGCCAAAAUGCUGAAGGAAGCAACGUUCCUGGUCGUACCGAAGAAAAUCAGGAAGUCACAGAAGGUAUUCGUUCUGUUACCACAGUUACUCCUGAAUCUUCUACUUCUGUUCUCACUCCUCCUCCUAACCCUUCUGCGGGGAGUGCUGUUGAGUCUUCAGAUGAUGGCCAAACUGGAAGCAACGGCAACCAUACACCACGUGAGGGUGAUAAUGGAGAUAACAAUGGAACUGCGGCAACACAACCUUCUUCUGCUGACUCUUCUAACACUUCGGCCACAGUGAGUGGUGAUGGUUCUGGUACUACAACACCUGAGAAUGGCACUACACCUGCAUACAGUGAGUCACUAAGUAAUCAGGAAGAGGUUGCAGGAGGUACAGAAACCACCACCACCACCACAACAACAACAACACUUCCUCCUGAACUCACAAACAACAAGAAGGGUGAUGCAGACAGCAGCAGCAGUAUCAGCAGUUCUGUGUGGGUGCGUGUACCAUUACUGAUUGUGGUUACACUGGCCUGUAUUCUUGUGUGCUGA